AACACACGACCAAUAUUGCACCCACCUUAAACGGGGGGCCAGGUCCGGUGGCAAAGCCUGCGCGCAGUUGAUUUUUUGCCACUGGUGUCGCACCCCUACAGGAGUGGCGAAGGCUCCGAGCAGCAGCAAUGCCGUACGUUGUGGGGCGGACCAUCUUGCAGAGAAGAACGACGCACAUUUGUGAUCCCGAGAUUGCAUUCAGUGUACGGCAGCCAGGUGUACUAGGGUCUUGUAUGCUUCUUGCAUUGCGAGUCGAUGAUGCUGCGAUUAAUCAGCAUCCUCACCAGCAUCUGCGUCGAGAAUCAAUGAUCACAACCCUUAUGACGCACCAUAUCUCUUCUGUGGAGUAUGAAGUACCCUGCAGCUCAUCUACAAAUUGUACCAUCACAGUUCACGGUGAGCAUUCUACUUCUGGGAAGUUAAUGACUAGCUACGAGUCCGAGCAGCUUUCCAAACCGGGCUGUAGCAAGAUGACCAUGGCUGCAUCUCCAGGGCGAUCUUGUCUCUUUUACUUGCUAGGGAAGCCUGCCCUCAGUCUCAGAAAGGCACAGUUCCCCUCACGCCUACCAGCACCGGUCGUCACGGCGAGAGGCUUACGCAUUAAGGACAGUCAGGGUCGCGAGCGCAAUAUCAUUCCAAACCCAAGCGCGGGAACGGGUGCUGCACAAUCGGAAGCGAAUCAGGUUCGCUAUGAGAAAGGGCGAGAGGCAGCGGGGUUGAACUGCGCGAAGUGUGGAACGAGUAGCGGCAAGACCUCGGGCGAUAUUGAUGCAAAGCACAAAGUACCUGGCAGAUCACCCGAGUCAUCGUCGAUCCGAGCGCAGCAUCCCAACUGGGCCCUUCUCGCCAGCGCGGCCAUCUUCACAAUGGGAGUGGCCUGGUACUCAGCGGAGAACCUGCUUCCUACCUCCGGCACCGCACCUAUGCACCUACCGUCAUUGCACGUACAAGCGCUGCCAAGCUCGCGUGCUCGUCUACUGCGUGUGACAUCAGAUGCCAGGGGGGUUACCUCUGCCAUCACUUUGGAGCCUGAAGGUGGAGGGGCGUGGAGGAACGACGGCACGGCGAGCGUGAUGGAGAUGGAGACGAUUGGCAAAGGUCAGGCGGUGCUUUGAGCCGAUUGCGCUGUGUCCAAGAGUCUGUCGCGCACAAAUGAGGCCAUGAACCAACAACUCUAUUCCACGCUUUGGCCACGCUUCUUCAAUCCUUAAACCUUUGUAAAUAAGAGUCGCUG